GCCCCCUCCCCUCCCCAUUCACUCACUCGGCGCUGCCGCAGUCGCGUCUCCACGUGCCCUUGGCCGGGCUCCGGCGGGGACUGCAGCUGCAGGCAGCCGAGGCGUCGGGGGCCGGGAUUUCUGCCAGGGGUGGCUCCAGCUUGGGCUAGCCGGCCAAGGCGGCGGGGGGGCGGGGGCCGCAGCUUGCAGUCUGGAGGUUGCAACAGAAGCGACAGCAGCAGCCACAGCAGUAGAUCAGGCGAGAGCCCGUCCCGUCUGUGCGUCCGCCUGCCUGCGCCAUGGAACCCGAACCAGUGGAGGAAUGUGUCCAGAGCACACUGGCUGCCUUGUAUCCCCCCUUCGAAGCCACUGCCCCCACCCUGCUGAGCCAGGUCUUCGAGGUGCUAGAGCGGACGUACCAGCACGACGCCUUGCGCUACACCCUGGACUUCCUUGUUCCUGCCAAGCACAUUUUGGCUCGUGUCCAGAGUGAAGCUUGUGCCCAGUACAGUGGCUUUGUUUUCUGCCACGAGGGCUGGCCACUGUGCCUUCGGGAGAAGAUUCUGGUGCAGCUGGGAUCAUUGCCCUGGCAACGCCUGUGCCCUGGAGACUUCUACCUGCAAGUGGUGCCUCACCGGGAGUGUGCCCCACGCCUGGUGCUGAAGUGCCUGUCGCUGGAGGGCCGGGGCAUCCAGGAGCUGCCAGUGCCCCCCGACUCCUACCCUUUCCUCUUCACCGUUGAGUGGCUCAACGGCAUCAACAAGGAACGCCGGGUGGGACGCCUGGAGCGCUGCCUGCUGGCGGCAGGGGAGAAGGUCCUGAGCCUGCCCUGGCCUGAGCUGGUCUAUCCCCAGUUUGUGCACAAAGACGGCUUCAUCGUGGGCCAGCGCUGCCCUGCGGACUUGGCUCCCGAGGCGCUGGGGGCACGGAGCCCCGGGGACGGACGCCAUUCUGGCGGGGAGAGCCGGGAGUCCGAGGGAGAGUACGUUCAUCUCCUGGAGGUCAGCCCCACCUUCCACCAAGCACCCAGGAUCCCUGAGCCUUUCGGUGCGCAGAUCCAGACCAUGCCUGCUCGCAAGGGACACAACAAAAGCCGCAGCCGGCGCCACCGGGCCUGGCUCCAUCAUAAGUCCGGGUGUGGGGAGAACUUUGCCUUGCGUAAAGCCUGCAAAACCCAGGAGACUGGGCGGUCUGGCCAGGUGAAUAGCGCGCAAGGGGAAAAGGUCGGCCAGCAAAGAGGAGCUCCUAGUCCGGUGCCGGGUCGAGCGUCCGAGGUCUCUCAGGCAGUUGGGAGCCAGAGUCCUGGGCUGCUAGAGCAAAGCCAGAGUCCCUCUGGGACUGAGACCCGGCCAGCCAUUUUUGGUGGUGGUGGUGGUGCUGUUGCUGAAGACUCGGGGCUAGGGAAAGCAGAGCUGCCAGGGCCUGUCAACCAAGACCCAGCUCCUUCUAGGGAGGACAGCAGUGAGAACCCGUCUCCAACUUCAGCGACGCCCAAACGCACUGCCAAGGGAAACCGCCGCAAAAAAAAAGGUGCAGGGAGAGGGGCUGGUGGCCGACUCAGACAGGGAGGUGAUUUGGCUAGCCAAGAAGCCGGGCCUGAUCUGAAAGAUCCUGGAAAGCAGGAUGUCUGCACCGGUACCGGGAAACAGGAUUCUAGAAAUGGAGAACGCAGCAUUAGUACCAGAGAGCAGGCAGUCAGCACUGAGGAAUGCUGUGUGGGCAUCGCCGAUUGUAAUGGAACCCGAGAGAAAAGUGGCAGCACUGGAGAGGAGGGUGUUGGCACCAGUGAGCUGGUUGUUGGCAUACAAGAGUGUUGUCUUGGCACCAGAGGAUCAGAGACUGGCACAGAAGAUGUUUCCAUUGGCAUAGAGGGCAGUAGUAUUGACAACAGAGAGAGGAGCAUUGACAGAGAAGGCCCAAGCCUUAGUGCCAAAGAGCAGGCUACUCUAGUUGGUGCUGGAGAACCAAGCAUUGGCCCAGAGGAGCAGCCUGUUAGCAUCUCAGAACAAGGGAUUGACAAUGAAGGACAGUGCCCAAGAGAGGAGGGCAGCGUGGCUGCUAUUGAAGAAGCAACGCUUAAUGAAUUGCCAGAGAAGAACAAGCCAAGUCUUGAUGGGAGAAAGGAAGGUCUAAGUGUUGCAUCUGAGCAGGGGGCAGAGGAAAUGCAGGAUAGUCCUUGGCUUGCUGCAGCUCAUCCUGAGCAGACUGUAGACUGGGAUCUUCUGCGAUCAGGUGUCUUUGCCCUAACUGGAGGGGUGGACAAGGCAGGGCGGUCCUUGCUGACUGUGGUGCCACAGCCUCUUCGGGAUGAGCUGCCCCCAGGACAAGAGGAUCUGGUCAACACCUUGAAAUACCUACACUCACUUCUCAGGCAAGAGAGGAAGGCCCUUGGGCUGACAGUGCUGUUGGAUCUGAGCCAGGUGGAUGACUGGGCCCUCCAGGCCCCUGUGCUGCUUCCUGCUCUAAGAACCUUCCAGGAGGGUUCUCCACCACCGGUGACUCAGCUGCUGGUAAUCCUUCCCCCCGAUGACCGUUUUGUACCCCACGAAGAGGAGCUGGUCUUGGAACCUGCUGUGGAGGUGCGGGUUUUCCCCCUUUCUGAACUGCCAAGUUAUGUGGCUCUGGACCAGCUAACCCCGGCGCUAGGUGGGACCUUGCACCACUCCCCAUCCAAAUGGGUGGGGGCACACCAGGCUCUUGAGCAACUUCAGACACUCUGUUCUAGUGUCCUCCAGGCCGUCUGUGAAGCCAGCACCCGCCUCCAGUCAGUGGGAACAACCACGAGUCAGGAGGAACCAUCGGCACAGAUCACUUUGCACCAAGAGACGAUGCAGAAGCUGCUCACCAAGCCACAGCUCCUGGAGCUCCAGCGGCGUGGGGGGGCCUUGCUGGCACAACUGCCCCCAUUGGGGCCCUUCAGCACAGAGGCUGUGGCUGCCACCAGACUCUACCAAGAGGUGGAUGAGGCCCUGCACAGGCUGGUCCAGCUCAGCAACCGGCGCCUGGAGGUGCUGCAGAAGGAGCAGCAGCAGCAGAGUGCACCGGCUCAGCAGGAAGCGGCAGAAGACAAGACAAGGCCCCAGUCGGCUGGUGACAGCAUGGGACAGAAGAGAGAAGGGAAGAGGCCAGCUGAGGGCUUGGCCGAAGGGGCAUCCCUAGAGAGGACGCCGUUACAGAGCCCGAAAUCCCAAGGGAGUGCGCAAGCCGGGCCAGAAUCUGUCUCUGCCCCCCGGCCCCGUGCCUGCAGCAUCAGCGCCUCCUCCUCCCCAAAGCAUGGCUGGGGCUUGGGGGCCAGGUUUGGCUCCUCUUGCAGCCUGACCUCUCUCUUUCAGCCACACCCCAGCCCCAAGGCCUCUCCUUGCUGUUCUCCCACGCGAAGCAAUGCCCUGGACAGCAGCAAGAAGAAGCUGGGCCCUCCCACCAGCCCCAAGAGGCCCAUGUCCCCAGCCUCCCAUCUGGCGCUGCGGGCCCUGAGUGACCCGGGCCGCCCCAGUGUCCACAUCCGUGGCCUGGAGGUGAGCAGCCGCGAGCUGGCAGACAGGAGCUGUUCGCCGCGGGAGCAUGUGCUGUUGAGCCGCAGCGGGACCCACGUUGCCGAAGCACCCUGGGGGGCCACACCCCGCACGGAAAGAAGGCGCUGCCUUGGGGUCCAACAGCAGCUUCUGGCUGAGCUGCUGGAGUGUGAGCGGGAGUACGUGGGGGCCCUGGCCCAGCCCCCAUCUCUGUCACAGGAGCCUGGGGGACAGGCCUUGCCUCCUGAGCUGAGGUGCUUGGGCAGUGCCCUCCAGGCCACACGGGACCAGCUGCUGACCUUCCACACCAGCUGCCUCCUUGGCGAGUUGGAGGGAUGCAUGAACCACCCGUCACGUGCUGGGGGAUGCUUCCUGCGUCACGGAGAGAAGCUUCAGCUUUAUGCCACAUAUGCCAAAGACCACCACAAGUUCCAGGCUACUCUGGCUUCGCUUCGAAGCACCAGCAAGAAGGGCCCGGCGGAGCUGCGUGACGAUGGGCAAGUGAUGCGCAACUUGCGCGUGCCCUUGGAGCAGCUGGAGCGGUACCAGCGCUUCCUGGGUGAGCUGCUGCGCGAGUGUGAGCUCCAGCGGGGGCCUGACCGCCAGUCCCUGCAGGAGGCCCAGCAGCUGCUGGAUGCACAGGAGCAGCGAGGCAGGGACCUGCUGGCCGCAGAGCAGAUCCGAGGCUGCGAGGUGAAACUCUCCGAACAAGGGCCACUGCUACAGCGUGGUGAAUUCACAGUGCUCUGCGGGCGCCGUAAAUGCCAGAGGCACAUCUUCCUCUUUGAGCGGCUGCUGCUCUUCACCAAGUGCAAGGGAGCCGAGGGUGGCUACGUCUGCAAACACGCCUUGCAGACAGCAUCCAUGGGGCUGACAGAGAGCGUGGGGCCUAGCGGGCUCCGUUUUGAGCUCUGGUUUGGACGGGGACCAAACCGCCAGGCCUACACACUACAGGCAGCCUCCGCUGAGAUCAAGCAUCGAUGGACAUCCAUUAUAGCCCAGCUGCUGUGGAAACAGGCUGCCCAUCCAGCUGUCCCUUUGAGCACAUCUUCCUGCCCAGCCCAGCAUUUGGCCCCUCUUAGCCUUGGUCCUGGGCCCCCUCCUGGGCUGUCAUUGCCUGGCCACGUUGAAGAAGAGGAGUGGGACCUGGAUGUCAAGCCCAUUCCAAAAGCAGAGACCUCUGAUUCUGAAGGGGCCUCCCCAAGCCACCAAGAAUCACCUGGCUGGACAAGAGGAUCAUUGCCUGGCAGCAGCUCCGCCUUAGGGCACCAGCAGUCGAGCUCUGGCGCCGCCGGCGAACCAGUGACCCCACUCUGAGGCUGUGGUGGCCAGCACUGGGUGUGGAGCCUACAUCGGAAGCUCUUCUCCCCAAACAGCCAUGGAAGGCAGGAUGCAAUCCCCAGAGGCUCUGGGAACAGGACAGUCUGAGCCCUCCAGUACCUUGGGUGGGGGACAUGCCUGGGAACUAGUUUCCAGCAAUACUGUGACUUGCUCCUAUCAAGUGGCCCGAUGGCUCUCCCAAGCGCUACUUUUUGCCACCAUCCCUUAGGAACACCCAAACUCCUUGGCUGCAAUCCUAUCCUGGGAUGGCUCUGUCCUGCCUGAUGUACCCAUCCAGUGCCUUUCCCAUUUUCUCGGCCUGCGAAAGGACGGGAGAUUCUUGGCCAAGCCAAUGCUGCUGGUGAUUAGAGGAGUUGUAUACCAGGCAAAGAAGGCCAAACCCAGGAGCUGUACUGGCUCAGGCUGAGUUGUAGGCUGGGAGGAAGGAAUUCUGUAGAGUCAGCCCUCAUCCACUGAUCAAAUGAGGUGAUACUCAGAGAGUAAUGAAACUGCUCAUUUGCCUGGUGCCCACCUCAUUUGUGCCAAUCUCUGAUCACAACUUCGGUCUAGCCAAAUUGCUAUUUUGCUCAGUCUGAUGGAAGAUGAAAAGAAGAAUCUGGGUUGCAGUUGCUAGGCAACUACAGAUGCACUUCCUGUCCCACAUCCAGGUUAACUAAAGAGGAAAAAGAGGAGGAAAAAGGUGGCUCUGGGUUGGUGAACAGAUGGUAAGGUGGACAACUGGGAAAAGAACCUGCCUACCCUUACCCCAUUCCAUCCAAGUAAGGUGCUCUGCGGGUAGUCCAAGUUGAGUCAAGGAAGAUGAGAGUAAAGGCAUGGUGCAGUUAGUAUUCAUGGUGCUACAGCGGUUCACAUAAGAGCUUUCUCAGUUCUACAACACUUCCUUGUGCAGGUAGGGAAUUCAUGUUUGAAUGCUCCUCAGCAUUAAAUAACAAAACAAAACCUCCUCACAUACAGAAAAUUAGCAUGCCCAGGAAAAGGGCUCUAGCCUAUGUGCAGGGAGUUUCAGUCAAGUAACUCCUGAAAUCUGAGAUGUACAGCCCUUCUGGGACUGUAUCCACGUAUUCCUGCUGAACAUGUGAAUGUCAUCCCCACUACUUGCAUCUUUCAGCUUGUUUUAAAGAUGAUAAAAAUCUGAAAGCAGUGACGUUACCACAUGGUUGUAAUGGAGGAAAGCAUUUAUACACAGAUAAUUCCCACGUGAAAAACUCAGUAGUGUGAGCAAAAAUGCAAGAGACUGUAGGGCAAGAGUUCCCAACCUGUGGUACUCCAGAUGUUGCUGAACUACACCUCUCAUAAUCCUCAGCAACAAUUGUAGUUGGGGAUGAUGGGAGUUGUAGUUCAGCAACAGCUGAAAUACCACUGUUUGGGAACCCCUGUUCUAGAGGGUUUUCUUCCUUUGUAGUGUGUGCCUUGGUUUGUUAGCUGAAAUUAUUUGCUCUGUGGAUACCUUUCUGCAGAGCAGCUGCUCUCGUUUGUGGAAAUUUGAUCUGCAGGGAGCUGAUGAAUUAGACCAUAUUUUGAGCUGGGUAGUGGCAUAUUCAGUGGACCUCCUCCAUUUUGACUCUGCAAUUAGAUAGAAACAGUCUGCAUCUUUCUGAUUUGGUCACUUGAGUUCUUCAGCUAAUCUAUCUCCUUUGGAAGAUUUUGUGCACAUUUGAACCCAGGGCCUCUCAUUUGGAAGUAGCAUAAACACUUUCCUACAUUAAAAGGAGACGGUAAGGUCACUGAGCAGGAGCUUUAUUGCCAAAACAACAAAGAUAAGCAGGGGACUUAAAAAGAGGCAAGAAGAGAAUUGGUGAAUCCUAGUGGGAACCAUUAUGAUGUCAGAUUAGAUUGAAGAACAGGUAGCUUUCUUGAGACUGGUCACCAUUUAGCAGACUCACACCUUACAAGCAUUUCCAUCCAGACAUUGAAAACGGUUUCUGUGUUACAACCUCCUCUUUGGCCUUUUUCAAAUACUGAGCAGCCAAUCCAUACGAAUUCCAGUGAUUUAAAGAGUACUGAUGUACAGUAUAUACUUUUAUCCAGCUCACAACUAAAGAGCUGUGGACCUGUAACACCUCUCCUUCCCUGUUGGAUCAGAAUUAAUCCCUCCAUUUACAUCUCAUUUUUGAUGAGACUGGUGCUAGUUUGUGCUUUGCCCUAAUCACUAAAGCCAAAAAUAAUGCAGAAAAGUAGUUUUGAAUGUGCAAAAGCCAAAGCUGGCAGAAAACUGGCCUAGUUCUGAAAAAUGUACAGGGUGGUAAAUCUGUGUCUGGGCUGUACCACUUGAGGGGCAAACCAGAUACGAGUGGAAAUCCAGUGUGUUUAAACACAAGCUACCUUAAUCAUGUGAAAGAGGGGUGGAGGGCUUGAUUUUGAAAGCAGUAUGGGUGUGUGGAUGAAUAGAGCAAAACCCUCACCCCGCCUGCAGCAGAUCUUCCCUACCUGAGCUAUGAUAUUGGAAGUGACCUCUGCUGGAUGAAAAGUGCUUGGGGAAAGAGACUGUAGGGGAGGGUUCAGCACCCUCACCCAUGCAUCCUUUUUGCUGUUGAAAUUGGAGUCCCCCCAACCUUUUCUUUGUGAUUUGGGUGAGUGCCAUUGUUCCAUCAUGUGUCGUUUGGCCCUCAGACUGCAGGAGCAGAUUCACACUAUUGCUCUUCUGUACAAAAUAUUCCCUGCACAAAUGGCAUUAUUUUAUAGGAAUAAGCAGUGCUUUAAAACCUGCAAGCUGCACAGCUUGGUUCUUUAGGCCCAGCUGUUCAUAGGAAAACUAAAAGAAGAUGGGAACAGACCAAAGGUUAAGUUGUUUGAGGUGUGCUUUUUAGCUACUGCUGCCCACAAAUUUAAGUCCUCAUAAGGUACUAAGCAAACACCUUGGGUCUCUGUAAAUUAAUUAUUACCUUUGCCAAACAUGUAAUCUUAUUGAAGUAAGUCAGGUUUGUCUAACAAGACCUUAUUUUAUAUAAAAAGCAUGCUGAAC